AUGUCUUCAUUGUGGAAUACAUUUAAAUCUUAUAUUAAUUGGAAAUCAAAAGAAACAGAUGAAGAAAUUUCACAAGUAACUACUUUACGUGUAGUCCCAUUACCGGAUUUUGUAGUUUAUCCAACAAAUGCGACAGACAGAACAAAUAAUAAUUCGAUUGUUUUUUUUAAAACUCAUAUUUUGGCCAAGAGAAAAAGUGAAAGUGUACAUUUAUAUGAAUUAUAUGAUAAUCCAGCAAUGGAAGCAUGCAUUGAUUUUAAAUGGAGGACUAAUGAUAAUUAUGCAAAAUUUAAUUAUUAUGAUCAUAUUUCAGAAAUAUUAUUUGUUUAUCUUGGAUAUUAUCUUUUAGCGAUGGAAGUAGUACAAUUAAAUCACGAGAGAUAUAAAUAUUUUUGCAUAUAUAAUUUUUUUGAUCUUUCAUCAAUUAUUCUUGCAGUAGUUGCGAGUAUAAGCCCUAAUAUUUUAGAUUAUGACGACGAAAAACAUAUUUUAUGGGAGGAUCCUACCCAGUUACCUAAUGGCGAUACAUAUAACAUCACAUUUUCAUCAAUCCCAGGCUUAGUAGACACGAAAAUUGAACAAGUCUUUGAACUAGAUAAACCUAUUGAGAAUUAUUAUAAAGAAUGGAAUUUCUGGCCAAUUCAUGUCAUUAGUACAGGCGCAAGUAUUUUAACUGUCAUCAUCAUGCAGAAUUUGUUGAUCGCAUUUAUGACGGGUGUAUAUGAAAAUGCAAAGUACAAUGUAAUAUUUUCAGUAUUAGGUUAUAGAGCCGAUUUAAUCGCUGAUUAUGAAAUGUUAAACAAACCGUUUGGUAGUUAUAGAGGGAAUCCAAGAUAUAUUUAUUAUGUUAGAAGUUCUGAAUAUCAAGACGAAUGGAUGGAUAAAGCUGAAAAUUAUAGGAAAACUCAUAA